AAAUAAGCACACUCCAUGGUCUAGGCACGCCACCGGUUUACUGAGUACUCACAAGCCCAGCAAGGUAGCAGCAACAAUCAUAAUCCAGCCAGCCAGCCGUACACCUAGCACCACCACCUUCCUCGCCAGCAAUGCACACGGCCCCCGAGUACAAGUGGAGCUCGCCGGUUUCGUCGCCGUCCUCGCAGGAGCAGGGGAUGCCGACGUCGCCCACGUCGCCGACGCCGAAGCGCCCCGCGGGGCGCACCAAGAUCAAGGAGACACGCCACCCGGUGUACCACGGCGUGCGCCGCCGGGGCUGCAACGGCCGGUGGGUGUGCGAGAUGCGGGUGCCCGGCAAGCGCGGCGGGCGGCUCUGGCUCGGCACGCACGCCACCGCCAAGGCGGCCGCCCGCGCGCACGACGCAGCCAUGCUCGCGUUGCACGGCCGCUCCGCCGCGCACCUCAACUUCCCUGACUCCGCGUGUCUGCUCGCCGUGCCCUCUUCUCUCUCCAGCCUGGCAGACGUCAGGCGCGCCGCCAUCGGGGCCGUCGUGGACUUCCUGCGCCGGCAGGCCAGGACCGCCGGCGCCGGCGACGCCGAGGUAGUUCCCGUCAACGGGCUCGCCUCCGUAGCGCCCGCGCCGGGCAAUGACAGGUCGUCGGCGACGUCGUCCCAGCAGCCUUGUGCCAAUGCUGAGUCCGAGGUGCCUGACGCAUUGCGCGGCGGCCUGCCGGAGCUCCACACGUCCGGGGAAAUGGACGUGAGCACGUACUACGCGGACCUUGCGCAGGGGCUGCUCCUGGAGCCGCCGCCACUGGCGGCCAGUGACUGCAACGACGGCGGAGAUGAUGCGGCGCUAUGGAGCCACUGAUACCGGUAAUCUUCUCCGGCCAAAACUAUCCACGCUCCGUGGGUUCUAAUUUAUUUUUUCUUAUUAUGAAAAAGCGCUCCGUGGGGCUAUUAUCACACAUCACUACACCAGCAUAAUAAAAUCACGGAACAUUUGGACGCAUCAAACCGGUCUCACAUAACAACACAUAUACUUGACAUAGAUGGACAAG